AUGAGUCGUUUCUCUCGCUUAGCUUCGUCGUCGUCGUCCUCGUCGGACGAUGACAAAGAUGAAGAAUUGUUCAUCGCAUUGCAGCAAGCACACAGUCAAUAUCAAGCUAUGCAAGUUCCUCGAUGGGGCGGGUCUGUACCAGGGCGUCAGUAUGUUCAUCGCGAUAGAGAAGCCGGGCAUUGGAGGCUGUACAACGACUACUUUUCAGAUGCUCCGACCUACGGGGCAAAUUUCUUUCGCCACAGGUUUAGAAUGAACCGUGAUCUGUUUCUUCGCAUAGCACAAGCCAUAGAGCAACAUGAUAAUUACUUUAAGCAAAAAAGAGAUAGAAAUGGACGUCUUGGGUUAUCAUGUUUGCAGAAGGUUACCGCAGCAUUCCAGAUGAUAGCUUAUGGAGUAGCAGUUGAUUUUAUGGAUCAAUAUGUCCGUUCUGCUGAAAGCACGAACAUAGAAAGUCUUAGAAGGUUUGCCAAAGCAGUUGUCGAAGUUUAUGGAUAUGAGUAUUUGAGAUCCCCAAAUGAGGAAGACACAGCUAGAUUACUUGCGAUUGGAGAGAGUAGAGGUUUCCCCGGAAUGCUUGGGAGCAUAGAUUGUAUGCAUUGGGGAUGGAAAAAUUGUCCUGCAGCAUGGCAAGGACAGUACACCGACCACGCGCAUGAGCCAACAAUCAUUCUUGAAGCUGUUGCUUCUAAAGAUCUUUGGAUUUGGCAUGCUUUCUUUGGUUUAGCAGGGUCUCACAAUGAUAUCAAUGUUCUUCACCGUUCUCAUCUUUUUGCAAAGCUAGCCGAAGAGGAAGCUCCACAAGUUAAUUACACUGUCAAUGGUCAUAAUUAUACAAUGGGGUAUUACCUUGCAGAUGGCAUCUAUCCUCAAUGGGCGACAUUUGUGAAGACCAUACCGCAGCCACUGGGAAAUAAGAGAAAAUAUUUUGCCAAGGCACAGGAGGCAGUUCAGAAGGAUGUUGAAAGAGCAUUUGGAGUUCUACAAUCUCGUUUCGCCAUUGUUCGUGGACCAGCCCGAUUUUGGGAUAAAGAUACCCUAAGACAAAUUAUGAUAGCUUGUGUCAUAAUGCAUAAUAUAAUUAUUGAAGAUGAGAGGGAUGAAGAUGAACAGAUGCAGUACGAGUAUGUUGGCCAACUUGUGAGACCUACACCGCGUGAAGUUCGUAAUCGUACUCCGGAGCUACAUGAUUUCCUUCAAGCUCAUAAUAACAUUAGGAAUAGGGAAACUCACUCUCAACUUCAAGAAGAUCUAGUUGAGCACCUCUGGCAACGUCAUGCAGACAUGUAUUGA